AAGAGUCAUAAAACCUUUCUGUGCUGGACCGGUUCAUGUUAAGUCUGAGUUCCUCAAUCGCUGGUUCUCAGGAGCUGUUUGGAAAAUUCAUUGCCAUGCACGAGUCGGGGGAUUGGUUUUUUCCCACUGGAAAUUGUUAAUGGGGACUGCAUUAGCGGCCCCUUAUCGCUUUGCCUGAUAGAGAGACAGCAGGUUCACCCAAACAAUUCUGGAAUCCUGAUCACUGCCAAUUAGGGGAGUAUUGUCUGGCUGACAUAAUCAACUUCACCUUACGGCAUGGAAGCUGUCGCCAAGUUUGAUUUCACUGCCUCAGGUGAGGAUGAACUGAGCUUUCACACUGGAGAUGUUUUGAAGAUUUUGAGUAACCAAGAGGAGUGGUUUAAGGCGGAGCUUGGGAGCCAGGAAGGAUAUGUGCCCAAGAAUUUCAUAGACAUCCAGUUUCCCGAAUGGUUUCACGAAGGCCUCUCUCGACACCAGGCAGAGAACUUACUCAUGGGCAAGGAGGUUGGUUUCUUCAUCAUCCGGGCCAGCCAGAGCUCCCCAGGGGACUUCUCCAUCUCUGUCAGGCAUGAGGAUGACGUUCAACACUUCAAGGUCAUGCGAGACAACAAGGGUAAUUACUUUCUGUGGACUGAGAAGUUUCCAUCCCUAAACAAGCUGGUGGACUACUACAGGACAAAUUCCAUCUCCAGACAGAAGCAGAUCUUCCUUAGAGACAGAACCCGAGAAGACCAGGGUCACCGGGGCAACAGCCUGGACCGGAGGUCCCAGGGAGGCCCACACCUCAGUGGGGCUGUGGGAGAAGAAAUCCGGCCUUCGAUGAACCGGAAGCUGUCGGAUCACCCCCCAGCCCUUCCCCUGCAGCAGCACCAGCACCAGCUACAGCCUCCGCAGUAUGCCCCAGCGCCCCAGCAGCUGCAGCAGCCCCCACAGCAGCGGUAUCUGCAGCACCACCAUUUCCACCAGGAACGCCGAGGAGGCAGCCUUGACAUAAACGAUGGGCACUGUGGCACCAGCCUGGGCAGUGAAAUGAAUGCAGCCCUUAUGCAUCGGAGACACACAGACCCAGUGCAGCUCCAGGCAGCAGGGCGAGUGCGGUGGGCCCGGGCGCUGUACGACUUUGAGGCCCUGGAGGAUGACGAGCUGGGUUUCCACAGCGGGGAGGUGGUGGAAGUCCUGGAUAGCUCCAACCCAUCCUGGUGGACCGGCCGCCUGCACAACAAGCUGGGCCUCUUCCCUGCCAACUACGUGGCACCCAUGACCCGAUGAACCCUUCAGGGGACAGAAGCUUUUUGUCUGGAGCUGCCCACAAGGAAGGGGGCAAGGAAAAAAGGCUGGACUCCAUGACUAUAUAUACAUACAUCUGUCUGCGUCUGCCUGUGUACACACAACAUUUUAUACUAGUAAUUUAUUGGCAAUUGGGCUGGUAAUUAGUUGAUGCAAAAGGGAACUCAGGUGGAGAAGAAUAUUCACACUUGCUUUUCUGCUCCCCUCAGGGGUGUGUGGAAGGCACUGGGGGAGUUGGGAGGGGGGCAGGGAGAUGAAAUGGAGCUUUGUCCUGGC